AUGAAAACAACACAACACAACAACGACGACCUUGUUGCUGUUGCCGGCACACUCGGUGGUGGUGGUGUGCGCAAUUCGCUCGAUUCAGAUGAGAUGACGAACGAUCACUACAAUCGCAUCGCAUCAUCACAAUUCGAUAGAAAUGAGAGGAGGGAGGGAGGAGGACUGAAGCCUGACAAUGCAACGAUAGAAUACAAUAGCGGUAGAACCAGUAACCGAUCGACCGACCGAUCCGAACACAAUGACGGACGAGGGAGAGAUGCGACGAGGAGGAAAAUGGUAAAAUAA